AAACGACCGCUUUCGCACUAUCGCCUCGCUUCACCGUUUGUGUAAUUUGAACCGGGCCUAACCCCAGUUAUCGAAUCUAUUGCAUGCAUCACUGAAUCGUUGUUUAGAUGAGAGGAGUCUUGAUGGAAGCAGAUGAUGCAGUUUAAAUACUCUUGAGCGCCAUGUUGUCGAUUUUGUUUCUUCACGCAGGCCAGACCUACUUUCUCUCGUUGUGAUUGUUCAUUCAUUCUUUACUUGAUUCAUUCAUUCAAACAUUCAUUCUUUUCCAAAAUCCUUUUACCAAAAUAGUGAUCUGUGAUCACUACAUAUCUACAAUCUCAAAAUGUUCUCCAAGUCAAUCAUUGCUUCCUCUCUCAUUGCAGCCGUUUCGGCUCAUCAGAACUUCCACCAGUUCUGGGUCAAUGGCGUGUCUCCCGGUGUAGACACUGGCAUUCGUAUGCCCCCUUCCAACAGCCCAGUUGAGGAUGUUACCAGCGAUGCUAUGGCAUGCAAUGUCGGCGGCAACAAGGUGCCCUCCGGCGUUAUCACUGUCCCCGCCAACGAGGGCGACACUAUAAAGGUCAAGUGGGACCAGUCUGGCCAUCCAGGACCCAUCACCCAUUUCCUCUUCGGUCCCGUCGACGAUGCUUCCCAGGCCACUGGUGUCGGUGCUGGAUGGUUCAAGAUUGACGAGCUUGACUAUGUUGAUGGAAAGUGGGCGAACGAGAUCAUGGGUGCGAACGACAUGACCCAUGAAUUCAAGCUCCCCACUGGUCUGGCAAGCGGAGAGUAUCUGCUUCGAUCCGAAAUGCUCGGUCUUCACGCAUCUCAGAACCUCAAUGGCGGCCAGUUCUACAUUGGCUGCGCCCAGUUGAAGAUCACUGGUACAGGCAGUGAGGGAUCUUGUGGCCCAACCAUCUCCCUUCCCGGUGCAUACAAGGCGGAGGACCCCAACAUCUACAUCCCCAACGUCUAUAACGGCUUCGAUCCUACCAACUACACUGCCCCAGGUGGUCCCGUUGCCACUUGCGGUGGAUCUGGAUCUGGCAAACCCGUCAGCUCUGCUGUGCCUGUGCCUGUCCCUUCAUCUUCUCCAGUUGCCGAAGCCCCUUCAUCUUCUCCAGUUGCCGAAGCCCCUUCAUCUUCUCCAGUUGUCGACGCCCCUUCAUCUUCCAGCCUCGUCGCCCUUCCUCAGUCUACUGCAGCGCCUUCAGCCAAUGCUACGGCCACUGCACCCUCAGCUACCCAGCCUCCAGCAACACUUGCUCCUAUCACCUCUUUGCCUGGACUCCCAUCCACUUUUGUGACUUCCACUGCCCUGGGCUUUAACACCACCUCCGUCGUUGCUGUUCCUUCUCCCUCUGGCUUCAACACUACCUCCGUCAUCGCUGUCCCUGCCCCUAGCGGCACAACAGGCCUCUCCGCCGCAGCCAAGUACUACCAGUGUGGUGGCAACGGAUGGAAGGGUACUACCCUCUGCCAGGCUGAUCUGAAAUGCGUGAAGCACAACGACUACUACUCGCAGUGCUUGUAAAUGCACACUCGAACCGUUGAGUAGAGUUCAGUAGAGAACAUUCUUGUAUAUAU